UUUAGUUACAAUUUAGACCUCAUCGAAAGCACAUCGAGGAUAAUUCGUGUGAGUUUUGAUUUUUGUGGGUGAAUCAAUGCAAGUGCUGCUUUUGAGUGAAGAUUGAGUUGAAGAAGACAUUGAGCAAGUAAUAUUUUUGUGCUAUGGGCUCAUCGAAACGAAAAUCUUCAUUCCGGAUUGACGAUAUUCUGCAGCAACAGACGGAGAAUCAGAUGGCCACACAGCGUCAGCAAUCAAACACUGUCAUCAAGAACAAUGAUAUGGAAGCCACUUCCAGCAAUCGACCAUCUUCACCACCAUCUGACCCCACAGCAUCCACGGUGUCAUCCUCAAAUACCCUCCAAUCAGGGCGAGAUUCCCCAAGAAAGCCCACACCGAUCUACCCCCAAAUGCUGGAUCUGCAGAAGACACCAAAUCUGUGCUUUCCCAUCCCCGUGGGAUUUCCUCAGCCAUUCUCACCAGCAGCCGCAUACCUAGAGCACUAUGCCAAUGCACUUCAUAAAGCAUCGCCACGCCUCUGGCCUUUCUAUCCUCACCCCUAUGGCGGCUACUUACUCCCACCUUGCGGGUCAAAGAGAAAAGGUGGACAGGUGCGAUUUACCCCUCAACAGACACAGAGUCUCGAACGAAGAUUCUCCAAUCACAAGUAUUUAUCGCCAGAAGACAGGAGACAUUUGGCUAUGCAACUCAAACUAAGCGAUAGACAGGUAAAAACUUGGUUUCAAAAUCGACGUGCCAAAUGGAGAAGAUCCAAUAAUGGAGCAACUACCUUGGACUCCCCUAAUACAGGACCCUCAGAUACCCAUUCUGACGACAAUUCAACCCCUCCAUUGAAUUUGGCAGGACCUCAUACAAAAUACAACUCGAACUCGAAAGCACACCUAAAUGAAACAUCUUCUGAUGAAGAAGAUAACUUUGAAGAAUCCAACUCGCCUAUAAACGUGUCAUAGAUUAAUCCAUUAGGACUGAUUUAAGUCCCACAGAAACUAUAACGUCAGUAUUAAAUAGCUAGGAAAUAUUUUUCACCGUUACACAAAAUAAAUCCGAAUUAAUCACACAAA